AUGUGCCCGUGUUCUAUAGACGGCCCCGGUGGUGUACUCGCUCACGCAUCCUUUCCCAACGGAGAUGAAGGUUACGUCACGGAGGUGCACGUAGAUAGAGCGGAAUCGUGGCAUAUUCAUAUUAGUAGAAAUCCUCCUCGCACGCACAGCCUGUUGUACGUAAUCGCGCAUGAAAUCGGCCACACAUUAGGUUUACAUCACAGUGAACACAAGGAUUCGAUUGUGUUUGCGAUGGCGCCCAGCAAAACAAAAUUUCCUAUUACAUUGAACUUCGAUGAUAUUUUUCAUAUUCGAUAUCCAUAUGGUGCUAAUUACCAUGGUUCUACAACUAAAUACCACCUACCACCACCACUACAGCUGUUGUUACAACAACAACAACAACAACAUCGAAAAACAUCAAUCAUGAACCGUGUGUCGUACGAGAUCUUGAUAUAA